AUGGAUGGGCUCUCCAAGCCAGGAGCUGAGGAUGGAGCCCAUGGGCCGCUGCAGUCCUCCAGCAACAACGAGAACGAGCAACCAUAUACUAAAUAUCCCGACAUUCCAGAGCCACCGCACCACCAGCAGCAGCAGCAGCAGCAGCCGCAAGAAGGAAUGCCGGAGACCAACAACAGCCACAGUCCCCCGCUAGCAGGCAAUACCAGCGGCAACAGUACACAUCCUAGUGGUGGUGAUAGGUAUGCCAUGCCGCAGGUAAACCGUGACGUUGCACCAGGCGGUCUUCAACCGUCACCCAGAGAUCCUCGGUCUGCUAUCCUGUCUCGACGUUCGCCGUCCGCCGCGUCCAUGUCCCCUCCAGUGUCCGUGUUAUCCCAGGAGCGCCAGAACGAACGCCUCCCGUCUACCGAACCGCGAUCUCUUCCUUCGCGUGAUAUCACCAAUGCGACUAUUGACGAUGCCUACGUCGAGUUCAUCUUGUACUGCAACCCGACCAUACCAAGCUCCACAAACACAUCGGAGCUGCGCCGGAUGUUUAGGUCGCCGCCUCGCAGCGAAGGGAAGAAUUUCUGCACAUUCAUGCUCUGGGAAUUGAUACAGAAGCUCGAUCGCAAGGAGCUGAAGACCUGGAUUCAACUCGCUAUAGAGCUUGGAGUAGAGCCGCCGUCCGUGGAAAAGAAACAGAGCACGCAAAAAGUCCAGCAAUAUGCACGAUGGAUGCGCGCAAUGCACAUAGACGCAUUUUUUGAAUACUGUCUAGGCCACCAACACACAUACUAUACGAAGGUCCAUCCACUUACUGAACAAGAAGAAGAAUGUCGUGACGGAGUGCCAAGAGACGAAGACCUGGCUCUGCGUGCUCUUGUGCCCGAAUGGAAGCCUAAACGAGGCCGAAAGAGGGUCGACGACAUUGGCGUUGAUCCCAAACAACAAAAGCGAACUCGCCUAUAUACACCAAACUCCGGGAUAGAGGGAGGCUAUCACACCGACGAGACACCCCAGAGCUCUAUGCCCUGGAGCGCGUACCCUGAUUCCGCUGAACACCCGCCUGGCGGCUGGCCGCCAGGUCCAGCAGCACAUCUUGACAGCACAAAAAACCCACACCGUAUGGGAACUCCAGAAAGACCUAUAGACGUUCAGACUGCUGCAUCUGGAUGGAGUUUUCCCAUACACAGGUCUCCACCGUUCCGAUAUCCACAAUCUGCAGUUACUCCCCGCCACCGUGAUCUUGAUGCGCUAUUCUCAAACGAGCCACAGUCUGCAAUUACUCCGUCUUCGGCAGAUAGGGUGGGCGGGAAAAGGCGAGGCCGCCCAACAGUCUCUUCAGCGUGGCUUGGAAACAGCCCGUCUGCCGGGAAGUCUCGAGGUCGACCUAUGCACCCUGAAACGCCGUCGUCUUCACUUUCGACGGCUGUUACUAGCCACCCGGACAUUCGUCCCAAUGAUACUAAUUUUCACGCCGAGCCCCCCAGUUCCGCAACUCCUGCUAGCAAUGAAGCAGCGAUGGCAACACCAGUUGGUACAAAUACCGGUGCUGCCCAACCUCUUAGGAACUAUGCUCCCUCGAGACCUACCAAAUUACAUCUUCAAGUGCCAAAGUCUGCUGGCACGCCCAUUCGUCUGGCAACUCCGCCUCUAUUGCUAGUUAAUGGCCAAAAUGGCUCGGGUGGGAACCCCGAUGCAACACGGACUCAUUCUGGAGAGAUUCCUCAAAACGCUAAUGAGGUAUCCUCUCCAUUUAGCUUGACGCUUGAGCAAGUUGAUGACGCUCUAUCUCGUGAAAUACAAGGAGCCACUCUGUUCGGGAGGACCACUCCUCUUAGUCCUGCCGAAUCACGAGCCAUUGCUCAUGCAACUAUCCAACAAAUCAAGUCACAAUGCCACCCAGAUGCCCCUCCAAGCACUGUUGCAAGCUAUUGUGCCUUCUCACUUGGUCUCGGCCACAGGCUUGGCUUAGCCUGCAAGGCCCCUGAUCAGAUGAAAAUCAGAAUCGAACCGGGCAUGUCAGAUAAUACCAUUCGCGUACAUUGCCCACCAGACGGCCCUACAAGCAGCGAUCCCAGUGGGUCAUUUCCCAUUAGCUAUACGCUUUCUUACGACUUUUCUCCUACCCCUGGUGUUACAUCCCAGGUAUCUAUACGGGGUAAUGCUCCAUCGCAAAUGACGCUGGGUGAAGACAGCACAGCUCAAUAUGGCCACGGCCACUAUAGACAUGGGGAUCAACGUACAGCAACUGGGGUUGAAGAAGGGUUAUCUGAUGAUGAAGCUAGCCUUGAAAUCGGCAUGACCGCGAGGGACUGGAAACAGCGGUACCUGCUCCUACGACAACAAACCCGCAAGAAAGAUGCUGCGCUUUUGAAAUAUAAAAAACAGAUCCUAGAGGCUGUCAUGACCGAUCCAUGA